AGAUGUGCAAGAAAUUGCUUUCAGUGUCCCAUCUGUCAAAACACAUUAUCAGUUGUAGCAGCUCAGGAACCAACCCAGAUGUCUGCCACAGGACCUGCUCCAGGACCUUAUUUCUUGGCCUGUAAUGUAUGUCGCUGGAAUUCUCAAGAGAUAGACAUGACAUUUGAGAAACCUACCAGUUUAGCAUUGCAGUUGCAAAAGAAUGAAGAAGCGUUGCCUGAUGCUAAAGAAUUCGAUCACCUCAAGGAACAUUUUGAAAAGCAUUUGCGAGUCAAUUCUCCACCUUCUUUGCCAACUAGUUUCUUGUCCUUUUCGAGCUCUGCUGCCUUUAGUAAAUACAUGGGAAGCCAGUUUCAUCAUGAUUCACAAGCACAACAAGAAAAAGUAGAUGAUAUUGAUAAUUAUCAACCCAGUGUACAAAUCAUGGACGAUGAUAUCAAAGUGUUAGAAAACAUGACAACUCUUCGUCAUAUCGAUGGAAUCUCUACCUUACCACAAAGAUUUACUCAGCUACAUGAUCAACCUUAUGAACUAGAAAAAAUACAUCCUCAGCGUAUUCAUUUAGCGAUCAAACGAUCCAAGCGUUGUCGUAACUGUCGUCAUAUCCUCAUUAAGCCUGAACAAAAAGCACAAGCAACUCGAUUCAAGAUCAAAUUAGUUGCCAUGAAUUACAUACCCACUAUUACAAUCCUCAAAUUGCCUAGAAAGCAAUGGCCACUUCAAGUCAACAUAGCCACUCAACUUGUCCUUAAAUUCACAAAUCCCUUGUAUGAAGAAAUGAACAUCACAUUAGCUACUCCUCAGGCAACAGAAGACAUCAAAGGCAAAGUGACUAUCUUGUCUCCUCAUUUCACAGUAGGUGCCUAUAAUGAAACUAUUGAAUAUGAUGAUGAAAUGUAUCCUGUGGGCAGUCGAAGAAGCAAUCCAAAUCAUGCUGCUACUUUUGCUGAUGGUGUCUAUGAAAAACGUAAUAACUACACUAGUAUUCUAGUUGAAGUUGUACCUGAACAAACAGGUGAAUUUAAGUUCCCUUUGCUUGUGACCUAUAACUAUAAAUCAGAUGAAGACAGAAUGGACGUGUCUUCAGGUGAUAUUGAUGCUGAAGAUAUUGAUGAUAUGGUUGUAGAUGAAAAUAUGGACAAGAAAUCUGUUCGUUAUGAUGAUGACAAGAUCAAAAGCUAUUCUUUUUGGUGCUUGAUUGGUCUUGGAUCAGUUAUUUAAUCACUGUGUUUAUUUUAUCCAAGCAAGAGUUCAUAUAUAAUCACAAGAAUAUUGAUGGCUAUCAAAGGGAUUCGCAUAAGUGUUCUCACAGCAGAUAUCAAGUUGAUCAUUUUGUAUUUAAUAGACUGUCCUUGUUCAUUACCAAAACCUGCAUCAGGUUGUGCAGUCCAACCGAUUCUAGCCAAGAAUCGUUCUUCACUCAAGACAGCAAUAGCAUUAAUAAAACAAAGCAACACAUAAAAUAGUUGACCAAGUCCAAGUGUCAACAUGAUGAAGAUAAAAAGUACAAAAGGUAAAUUAUUCGCGUAUUUUCGAAAAAAAUAAAAUAAAAAAUUAUCAGGGCCUAGGGAAACAGUUUCAUGCAAUACGAAUUAG